AUGAGUUCAGUUUCUCCUAAACAAUCAGAAGAAGGCGAUGGGGAGAAAAAAUCGAAUACGAUGGAGAACAUAAAGCACAUUCCAUUCUUCUUCAUAUUUCUUUGUACUUUAUGCAUGUCUUCAAUCUAUUCGAAUCCAACUGUCUAUCAAUCGACAAUCAAUUUUCUUCACGAAUUCCGUAAUUCAUCAGAAUCUGAUUUCUACGAAGAAGUCGACAAUCAAUACGACCCGGAAAAACAAACAUCUCGAGAUGUGAUCGUAAAAUACGUCUACUAUUUAUCAAAUCCCCAAAAAGAAUCUUUGAUAACUGUCACUUCCGUUGGUACGGUACUUGCUGCAACUCCAAUCACUUAUGCUUAUAAUAAUAUGGGAUUCAGGAGAAGCUUUGUAAUGUGCGCCUUUAUCAGCAUCAUUCCAGCAUUAUUUUUUCCGAUUUGUGUAAAUGCAAAAACGUAUCUUCUCGCCAUUAUUCUUCGCAUAUUUCAAGGAUGUUCUCUGGCUGCUUUCAUUCCAUACGUCUGCAAGCUCUCAGUUUUCAUUCCAUUCGAUCAUAUCACAGUUCCAAUUAUCGUAUUUGCCUACUCCCAUAUUUCUGAAAUUUUCGUUCAUCCAAUUGUUUCUCAUAUGGCAUCAUCCUCUUUGGGAUGGCAUUCGGCCCAUUAUGGUGCAGUGAUUACAAUUCUAAUCAUUUUCUUUGUUUUUGUUCUGAUACAUUUUGAUGAGGACUUUAAAGAGAGAGCUGGGACAAUUGGUUUUUGCAAUGCGAUGUUUGAAUACGAACGUACUCGUUCUCGUACAUUCGAUCUUCGUAUUCCAUAUCUUUCAAUUUAUCAAGACUUCCGUAUCUGGGUCAUAUUCUUCACUUCAUUUGCUUACGGAUGUGCUCUCCAACUAUUCUAUCAAUUCGGUCCGACAUUCUUCCAUAAAGUUGUUGGACACUCUGAAAUCUCAUCGGCCUAUUUCACGAUUAUUGCUCCGAUUCUGAACUUGAUCACAUCUUGUUCAUCGGUUUAUCUGUACGGAAAGCUUGCAAACAGCGAACAAAACAAAAUGCGCUUCUUCAACACUGUCGCGUUUGGAACUUGUGGAAUUUUCCUAUUUGCUCUAGGAUUCUUCGAUCCCGUCCAUCACAAAUAUAUUGUGACAGUCAUGUUUAUUUUGGCAUCCUCUCUUCUUGGUUGCUCUUAUGCUGGUCAUUUGAGAAUGAAUCAACUUCGAUCUGGGCAUCUACACCUUUUCCUUCUCGUCAACAUUUUCAUUGUCAAUUCAGCUGCAAUGUUCUUUUCCUCCUUACUUAAUGUUCUUAUUGCCAAAAACACGGAUUACUCUUCCUGGUCGACAUUAUUCAUUGUUCAUGCCAUAUUCCUUAUCAUUGCUAACAUCAUUUUCUUCUUUUUCUGCUCCUCAGAAAGAGCGAAUUGGGCUAAAGAAGGGUAUGAAGACUCUUCGAUUCAGCCAUAUCGCGAUGAGCCACUUCCUCAAUUCCCAUUGUAA